UUUCUUCUAAUUGGAAUUGGGGAGUGGAAUUGGUAGUGGAAUUGGUAGUGAUGGGGGUAGGUUUGUUAUUGGUAUGCCAUGGAUUGGUGACCGCUUUGGUUGUGAUCUCUUUCCUUUGCGGUCGAUGGCCAAUUUUCGAAGGCACUUUCAUUCAACGCAUUCACUAUUUCCUCACUUUCGGCGCUUACGAUUACUUUCUGCGUUUUGUUGGCGCUGUUUUUGGCUCUAAGUGUACCAAUGCUGUUCUUUCUGUUGAAUAUUAUUGCUGCGAUCGUCCCAAUCCUCUCUUACAGAUCAUAUAUCUUGUGAUAAUCAGCUUUACAUAUUAUUUUGCCGUCAACUCUUCCUUUGCCUAUAUCCCUGGAUACUAUUUAAGCGCAACUCACAAGUACACAAGCUUCUUCGCUGCUGCUGUUGGAAUUCUGCUCUUUCUUUUGACCAGCUUUACUGAUCCUGGGACAAUAAAGGCUGAGAAUGUUUCUCAGUAUCUUGCUGCUUAUCCCUAUGAUAAUAUCAUUUUUUCAAAGAAAGAAUGUUCCACUUGCAAAAUUCCAAAACCUGCUAGAUCAAAGCAUUGUAGCAUUUGUGAUCGAUGUGUUGCACGAUUUGACCAUCACUGUGGAUGGAUGAAUAAUUGCAUAGGGGAGAGAAACACUCGAUAUUUCAUGGCUUUUCUUUUAUGGCAUUUCCUUCUAUGUAUGUAUGGAACAGUUCUCAUAGGUUUAAUUCUCGCAGGAAGACUAAAAGAAUUAAAAGUUGUCUAUAUUCUAACAGUUUAUUAUGGAAUUGAAAAUUCGUUUUGGGAUUUAGCUCCCCAUGUUGUACAGUGGUUAUUGGGAUCCUACAACACUCAGAUUCUGCUUAUAGUUUUCGUUGCAAUUGUUGGGAUGCUGUUAGGUGGAUUCUUUGGUUACCAUGCAAAGCUUUGCCUUAGCAACACUACCACUAAUGAGACCUUCAAGUGGCAAGACUACAUGAACUGGCAGAGAAAGUUAAAAGAAGCGCAGGCUAGUGCCGCAGCGCUAAAACAAAGUAUCAGUGGAAUGAACAGUGAAAAACAAUCGUUGUCGAGCAACAAAUGGAGAGCAUUCUUUCGAAGAUCACCUCUAGAGGAUGUGGUAGUUGUUAAGAAUAAUGUUUACAAUAAAGGUUUCUUGCACAAUAUUUGGGAGAUUAUUUCCCCUCUCUCUACAAGGCAGUCUUUUACGCAAACAAAGUUGAAAUCCAACUGAGUAUGCUCCUAAGAUGCGUUUCCUUUUGGCUAUUAAAGGUCUUGGUAGCUGGCUAGUUGCACAUAAAUUUGAAUGGGCACGUCUCUCUACUGUUUAGACUGCCCUAUAAAUCAUUGUGAAAGCCAGAAAUAUGAUAUUAAUUUCAUCGAAGGAGUUCAGGACUAGUUGUAGAUUGAUUUUUUUUUUUUUAGUUCUUGUGUCUGCAGAUGUGUUGGUUGUGCUGUAGCUGUACUGUUUCAUAUUAGCAAAAGUAGAAAGGUUUACAUAUGCAUUUUAUACCUGUAAUGAUUGAUUUGGCUUAUUUCAAAGUAAAGGUGCAUUCUAAACAAUAACUGAUAAUGUCAGUGGAGCUAUCAGCUAUGCACGGUCAAUUGAUGUUAUGACGUUUACAUUAGAUUAUAGUCUUUUUUAUUUAUAAUAAAA